AACAAAAAAAAAAAAAAAAAAUCAAAUGGAAAAAUAAAAAAAACUGAGAAAAUAAAUACUCAACACAAAAAACUCAGCCCAAAGAAAGACGUCGUCGUCGAAGUUUUGUUCAUAUCGUCGAAGCCAAUUUAUCUAUUUCAGUUCAGCAGAAGUUAUUCGGGAAGAGCGUGUGGAACGUGUAAGAUACACUCUACUCUUGAGGUCUCUUGGUGUGAUUCGAUUUGCGAGCGUUUUUUUCCGUCGUCUUGUUGGGUAUCUACUUUAUUUUGUUCUCGUCGUCUCGCUAGUUUCUAACAAACUAAUUUUUUCGCAACUAUCCCAUCAACCAGAGAGCUAGAAAAAAGCAUCGUGUGUGCAAAUAUUUUUAAGGAAAAACCUAAAAAAAAAAAAUCAAAAAAGAGUAUAGUCUCAAUUGGAAGGCACAGAUAAAAGUGUGUUGGAGAAAUUUUCUUCUUUUCGGAAAAACGAGAUCUAAUUUUUUUUUUAUACUUAUGAAAAAUUUCUGUAUAAUAUAAAAAAGUUUUUUAGAUUUUUACACGGUUUUUGAGUUUUUUAACUUUGAAAAAGAUUGAGUUUGGAAAAACAAAAAAAUAAAAUCGUCGUCGUCGACGUAAUAAUUGCAUUUUCCUUUCUCUGAUCCAUACUGUGUUUUAUAGUUUUUUUGGUGCGUUGCGUUUUUUUUUUUUUAUUUUCGCUACCAAAAACGUUCAAUUCUUGGUUAAGUAUUAUAUAGAACGACAAAUUUAUUUGCUUUUACAAAACAAAACAAAAUAUAUAAGAAAAAAGUCAACUCUGCAACAGUGACAGUAACAAAAUCAGCAACAGAUCCAAAAGAGCCCUACAGCUAAAGCAAGAGAGCAAAAAAAAAAAAGCUAAAAGCCAGCGCCCGAGCUAGUAGCAAGCAGUUGCAGCAGAAAAGACACUAGAAGUAGCUACUACCAGUCUACAUUUGAAAUACAUUUGUUUGGUGGUAGUGCGUUUUUUCUAGUUUGGUUUUUCAUUACGGAAUAAGGUAAGUCCCGAAAGCAAUAUGAAUGUGAAACAAUAAGAGUAACAUUAUAAUACUUUGGAAUACAAACUUACAACAGUGAAUUAUGGCAAAAAUUCAAUAACAUGUUCAAAGAAGCUCAGGUUAUCGAACUCAGUAAACAGAUUGCUUUGUUGUUUCACUCUUUUUUUUUUAUUUUAUCGUGAGAUGAAAGUAAACUGAAACAAGACACAUACACAAACCAUCAUAAGCUAUAUUAUACACCUUAUCUCAGGGAUUGUUAAACGCGGCACUAGAUAAAACCGUAUCUAUUUUAAAAAUAAAGUGGAUUGACGGCGCGGCGCGGCGGGCGGUAGCAGCAGCAGCAGCAGCAACAGCGGUGGCGGUGUAUAAGAAAAAGAAAGUUAUGAUCUUUUAAAUAUGAGACAGAAAUCUACGCAAAAUGCCGAGUGAAUGGGAGAACAAUUCAUCAUCAUCAUCCGCAAAGGUAUCAUCAUCAUCCGGAUCGUCGUUGUCGGCUUCAUCGUCAACAGCAACAUCACCGGAACCAAAUUCAAAUGGAAAUAACAACAAUAACGACUCUGCCAAAAAUGGCCAUGCAAAGGAUUGCGCAUUAAAAGCUUCCACUAUGUCACAUGAUCCCACACCAUACGUUGCGCGGGCUCGUGUUACACGACCAACGCCACCCAAACCUUCAUGCAAUCCGAUGCAAUUUGUACAAAUAAAACCGUGCAAUUUAUAUCAAAGUGCACAACAGCAGCUAAAAAAGGUGGAGGAAAUAAAAAAAGUCAAAGAGGUUUUAAAAGAAGAACCUGAGGAUUGGCAGAAUAACUUGGACAAUUGGAAAUCAUCAAGACGAAAACGCGUUGAACACAUCAUCGAACGAGUGGUUGAAGUAAAAAAGCUCGAGCUAGAGGAACAUGAUCGAACGAGACGAAAAUCGAAAACAUUUUCUGAAAUGAUGGAGGAACGAGGUGAACGCGGUCGAACUCGUCCGAAACUUCAAUCUCUAGCAUCAUACAACGAGGAUGAGGCAAAUGAUUUAAGCGACCUAGGCAUUGGAACAAGCAGUGCCAGUGGAAAGAGUAGCAUCUCUGAGGAUUGUGAAGUGCAUAGUAUUGUAAGUGAACCUCCCGAUGUAGAGCAUCUUUCCUCGUUUGAUAUCGAAAAUAAUUCUUGUCAGCCAUGUCAAGAUAACUUGGAUCGAAUAUCAUCACUUGGUGGCUAUGAAACAUCAUCCACAGCUCCAAUUACAUCACCAGAUCCAUAUGAAUAUACAUACGAAGGAGCAAUUGAAGACUAUAAAAGCCGAGUGUCGAAAGCAUCAGCAGCAAGUAGCUAUAAAAAACCCGAAUUCGAAAAUAGAAAAUCAUUAAUUAUAAAUGAUGACAAUAACGACCAAGAUUCAUCCAUAGUCGUUCAAGUGAAAAAAGAAGAUCUACCCAAAAUUGACAUAUCCAAAAAGAGAGAACUUUUUGAAAAUCAAAAUCAAGAAGCAGCUAAAGUUACCUCCUCCAUGCAAAAUAAUCACGAACAAAUGGAAAAGAAACGUAUUCCAUCCGAAUUUACAAAUGUCCGAUCGAUUAAAGAUCGUCUCUGUAGUUUGGAAAAGAAACCAAUUGAUUCCAAUCCAAAUACAGACGAAUCAUCAUCGUCAACUACUGUGGUAGCAACAGAAAUUUUACCUGGUGAAGUAUACAGCAUCAAAGAGCGAAUGCAAUGUUUGAAACAACAUAAUUCCGUUAAUCCAAAGCCAAAUAUUAAUAAAGUCGUUGCUGAAGUGGUAUCUGUUCCGCCACUAAAAGAUCGACUGUCAAGUUUGCAAAAUGCUGUAACCAAAGAGGAAAUUAUCAAAAAACCUGUGGUCUUGGUUGAUGAGUAUCAAUUGGAGAUGCUUAAAAACGAAGACAUGGCCCGAAGGCAGCUAGUAGAACAAAGCAAAGAUGAUAGUAUCAUAAUUGUUGAAAAGGCACCAUCCGAUGAUAGUGGUAUUAAUACAACCGAUGAGAAAAUCGAUCAUGAACCAGCAACUACGGAAGAUGAAGAUGACGACGAUGAUGCUGAUGAUGAUGAUGAUGAUAUUACAGUAGCGAUGACAGCACCAAUUCCAAGUAAAUUUAAUGAGGAAAAGUUAAAAAAUCUAAACACUCCAACCGUAGUUAGUUUGGUGGAUAAGCCAGUUGUUGUUAAUGAUGAUCAUAAUCAUGAUGAUGUUGUUGUUGGUGGUGGUGGUGUUGAUGAUGGUGGUGGCGUUGGUAAAGUUGAUGUCGUCGUCAACCCCAAAAAUAAUGAUAAUGAUGAAGUUUGUGAAGUAAAUCAUGCACAGAAUUUAUUGAAAAUGUUUAAAUUGGCAUUUAAUGAUGAAAAUGAUAUUGAUAUUGUUAAAGAGAGUGUUAAAUCAGAUCAAGUUGAAGUAGAACUUGAUACUUUAAGUUCUAAUAUGUCACCUAAGCGAUUACCGAUAAAGGUUAAGGAGAAUGUGGAGAAAUCGAUUUCGACAGAAAAGUCUAAAGUUGCAGAUAUUUCUAAAAAUCUGACUAAAAUUUCAAAAACUGAAGAUAUAAUUAAACCCAACGAAGUAGAAGAAGUAAAUAUGUUUAAGAAAAUUUCUUCGAAUAGUCGAUUUGGUCCCAGAUCUCCUGAACCUGAUUCAAAUGUUAUUUUAAAUAUCGACAAUAGUCAAAAUAAAUCUCCAAAUUUCUUAUCAAUUGCCGAAGACUCUGAAGAUCCUUCAUAUGUUAGAACUUCGGUUUCUUCUAAAAUUCAGCAGCUGAAUAAAAUAUCAUCGGACUCUCAAAAGGGCCCAAUUUCUGAUAAGUCUCCAAAUCAAAUAUUGAUUUCGAAAACACAACAGAAACCGAAUCCUCCUUCUUCACCAAUUCUCAUAAAAGCUCCAACGCAGCAAAAUCCAAAUUCUCCUUCUUCACCAAUUCUCAUAAGAGCACCAACAAGUCCUUCCCACGAGAGUUCUGAAAGUCCUCCAAAAUUUGUUUCGGUUUCUUCACAAGUUCAACAAUUGAAUAGUAUUUCUGCAGCAACUCAAGAAAAUCUUCUAGAAAAUUCGCGAAAGCUUAAAAACUCAGCUCCAUCGGCAAUGACAAAAAUUAAUGUUCCUUCUUCACCAAUUUCGAAUAGAACUCCAUCUCCAUCUGCUGAUAGUAAUUCUUCUCAAAAGUCUCCAAUUUAUGAAAAUAUAAAUGCAUCUUAUCAGAAUUUAUCUGGUGGUGUUAAAGUAGUCUCAAACUCUGAAAAUAAUGGUCGGGUAGAGAUUUUCAAUUCGAAGAAUAUGCCAGCAAAACCGAAAUCACCCGAGGUUCUACCCAGAAUGCCCAGAAAUGAAAAUUGUAAUGUUCAAUCAAAAGAUUUCCAACAAUCUGCUUUGAAUGAUUUUAUUAAAGAUCUUGAAACAACACCUUUUCAAGUCGAUGAAAAAGUAAAUAUUGAAAAGAAUCCUCAAAUAAUUAAAGAAGGUCCUGAAAGUCCUUCAAAUCUUAAAAUCGAGAAUACUCAUGCAACAAAUGAAUCUUCUCAAAAAAUUAAACCUCUAGAAACUAAACCUAUUCCUUUACCACGAAAUCUUGGAUUGAAUUCCCCUCAGCCAAUGAGUCCCCUUCCCUUAGACAGCUGUGUGGAUAUUCUUCAAUCCUUUUUAGCAGCUGAACGUCCUGCAAAGCAUCCUACAAAUGAGCUUCCUCUUGUAAAAUCUCCCAGUGAAUUGAAUACUCCCCAUCCAUCGGAUAGUUUUAUCCGACAGGAAUCAAUUGUUGAAGUACCAUGCUCGAAACUAGAUGUUAAGGAUCUGCCUGAUCCGAAUUUUAUACGAACUCCAUGCAUUAAUGUUGAUAAUUGUGAAGAUAAAUUGAUCAAAGAAUCUAUUAAACCGCCACAAUCAUUAGUUCGUGAUAGUGUUUCGAGUGCUGGUGAUAGUUCACCAUCAUCUGAUAUAACAGUGAUUUUCAAAUCCGCUCCAGAGUCUCCAACACCGAAUAAAUCAUCGUUAAUGGAAAUUGCUAAUAGAAUGGGUUCUCCGAUAGCAGCAAGACGUGACCCAUUUUCACGACAAAAGCCUGUUUGCGAAAAGCCUUGUCUGAAAAUCGAUGUUAAAGAUUUGCCAGAUCCGAAUUUUAUUCGAACUGAAUGUAUUGAUGUGGAUAAAAAUGCUUGCUGUCCCAAUACCCCACUAACUCCGUCCACUCCUGGUUUGGCUCUUCAAAAGACCAAUGCAGAUAUUUUGAAAAAAACCUGUGAAGAUAUAUCUACAUCUCCACCAUUAAGUCCGGUUCUUGGAGGUCGGAAUGCUGAAAACCCAAAUUUUUUAAUAGCCCGAGUUGAGGUUGUCGAAACGAAAAUAAAAGUAACGACAACCAACGACGAAGGGGGAGCAGCAGCACCUCCUGCUGUACCCACAACAGCACCACCUCCAGUUCCAUCGAAUGGUUCUCCAAAACUUAAAACCAAAUCUACACAAAAUUCAAAACCGAAAAAUAUUUUCGAAUUUCUGAAAAAGAAUUUCCAAUCGAAACCAGAGACUGUCCAACAGCCCGAUGAAUUUGAACCAAUUUCUGUAGAUAAUUCAAUGUUUUAUGUCCCUUCUGAUGUGAUCAGUGCUAGUACCAGUAAUAGUAGUAGUCCCAGUAAAAAUACUCGUAGUACACCAUCGCCAAAUAAUGGUGUUAAUAUUGAAAUAACUAAAAAAAUCACAAGUGAUGCUAUUGUUGAACAAACUGAUUCAGAUUUGAAUCUAACAGAUGAAAUUAAUGAAAUACUUGACGAGGAAAUUUCAAAGCUAGUUGUAGAAGAUGCUAAACUUUAGAUAUUAAGAAGAAAAAUUAGGAAACUUUUUACAAAAAAAAAACCAAAUGAACGUCAACAACACUCAAAAAAAUAAUAAAA